AAGCGGUUGAUGGAAUGGAACCGGAGCAUUCGUCUCGAUACUAACGCCUCCUUGAAACUUGAAGCGCUGGGAAGACGGCCUGCUGACUUAAGAGCUCUGGUCAAAAACAAAGGAAUCACAGCAGUCUUGUCUCACAGCCGAACUGGUUAGGUAUGUACAUACCAAGUCCGAACCGAAGAGGCAAGAUGAACCAUUAGAGUCCACACCGAAAUCACAUUGUGCCUCACUUACCACCACCCGCGUCUGAGCACCUUUCGUGAAAACUCGCUAAGCAAGCUCAAAAUCACUUUUCGCCCCAAUAACACACCAUGACGGUUGAGGAGAGCAGACCGACUGUCCAGGAGGUCAAUGGGGGCGAGACCCUUCGCGAGAUUAUCCGCACGAAACGCCCGAAUGGAAACUUGAAGGUCCUCCAGGGCACAUGCAGUCAGAGACCAUACCUCAAGAAGUACGAGGACCUGAAAGACAAGUCGGCCGGGUUCGAAGCCGAGGAUGUGGUCGAGAUGGCGAAGACUGGUCUCAUAAGCGGCUACACCCACCAAUCCCCCAUCCUCAAUAUUGACAAGUCAAUGGCAUACCUCAUGGCCAUGGUGAAUGCCAAGGGCACGAUCCUGGAAACCCGAACUUUCAAAGACGAGAAGAAGCCGCAUUUGGGUCUCGGUGCCGGAGAGUUGAUGAAGGACCCCGACGUGUAUCCUGUUUGCAGGGCAGUCCUAGUGGUCGACGACGCCCGCAAAGGUCAGUUUCGGCACCUCAACGACUCCUACCUGGUCCCCACUCAGGGAGAUGCCAACGGCUUCCAAACCCAGACCAUCCUGAUCCUGCCUCGUAGCGACGAUAUUCCCUACAUCGGCUCCGUUAUCCAGCCCAACAACUACGACAAGAACUUGACCCCAGAGUCGCCUGAGGUUGAGCCCAUGCGGGACCGCUCUGGCGACUUUAUUCCACGCCUGCGCCAUGCCGGCCUGGUGCCCGAAUACCCCCCUCGCAGAGGGGUCGACGAGAGAGCCAAGUUCCGCCUGGUGCACAACUUCGGUCACGGAGGAUCCGGUUGGACGCCCGCUUUGCCGUUCUCCUGGUCGAGAAAAUACUGGAGCAAGAAUGUGGAGGAAUUCAAAAACGUUGCCAUACGAGCCAAUGAGAGGUUAUACGGCAAGCAGGAGUCGACAGCCACCAUGAAUGGAGUUGGGAAGCACGUUUGGGUCUGGGGUGGUUGACUGGGUAGGUGGAAAGGGGUACGCGAGAGUUGCAAACCGCAUAAACUUUGGG